UUGCCUGCCUCUAACUAAAGCACUCGACCGUUGGACGCACGAGCCCCUUGACCACGCGCCGACAACAUCACUGGAUCAUCACGCUUCCAACUCCCCGCUUCCACUUCUGCCUCCCGAUCCCCAUUCCCAAUCUCACAUCAGACUCCAAAGCUUCCAAACGUUUCUCCCCCGAUGGCCAAGGACGGUUCCCACGUCGUGGAGAUCCCGGUCACGGGCGACGGAGCCGAGCCCGCCGCCGCCAGCGCGUUCCUCGGCAAGGCGGCGGCGGCUGCGGCGCACCACCCGCUGGGCGAGAUCGCGAGCAGCGGUGGCCACCUGCUUCUCCUCAAGCUCUGGCAGCGGGAGGAGUCCCGCCUCGGCCGCCGCGCCUGCGCGCUCGAGGCCCGCAUGGACGCGGCCCGGCGGGACGCCUUCUACCUCUGCGCCGCCUUCCUCGCGCUCCACGGCCUCUCCCUCGCGCUCCUCUUCGCCGCCUCCUCCGUCUCCGCCGAUGCCGGGGAAGGCGGCGCCUGCAGGAGGUGGUGGGCGCCGUCGUCGCUGUCGCUGGCGACCUCCCUGGCGAUCGCCACCGCCGUGCAGCUCCGGGUGCGCGCGUACUGGCGCGCCGCGCGCAGGCUGCGCCGGGAGCGCGGCGACGCCCGGGCGCUCGCGCGGUGCGUGCAGGAGCUGCGGACGAAAGGCGCGGCGUUCGACCUGUCCAAGGAGCCGCAGUGGGGCGUGGGCGCCAGGGCCAACUGCUGCGCCAGCGUUGAGGGCGCCGGCGCCUGGGGCCCGCUCCGGUGGUGCUACCGGAACAUCGUCACCGCCUGCCUCCUCGCCGUCGCCGCCGCCGCCCUGCCCUCCGGCAAGCUCAUCCUCUGCGCCUAGAACCCCGCAGAUCCCGAUAAGUUCUGGGACAGUUCAGUUUAGUCGAGUUGCAGGGUUGAUUCUGAAGAAAUGGGAGAGGAUUGGGGAACGCAAGGUGUUGUUUGCAUAGGACAGAUCACUGCUUGUGCUCCGAUGGCUAGAGAGAGAAUUCAGAUUUCAGAACAUUCUAUUUCCCCGGCCUGAGAUGUUCCAAGGGCCUUAAUUUUUUUUUGGUUACAAUUCAUAGCUUAUUUGUAUAAUUCAUUCAUAGCAGCCGCAGCUCAACAUGAAAUGCUCAUAUGGUUAUUCUGACCCCAUGCUUGGCAUGGCAAGUCGUGGUUACUGUCUGGCUGAACUUCUCCUCCAGUACUUCAACUGUCUCUUCGAUUUAGGCAGAUCGAACUUCAAGUACAAAUGGUUAUUCUUGAUUCUUGAUGCCAUCCUUCUGUUCUUGAUUAAA